AUGGAAAAGCAGCUUCGAACGCGGAACCGAGUCGGGGCAGAGCAGCGCCCCCUGGCGUCUCUUCGCGGCGAAGGCGUCGCCCGCGUGGAAGCUCGGCGCUUUCAGGAGGGCGGGGCAGGAAAGGAGGACGAGGAGGAAAGGAGCGCAUGCGCACGAGAAGAAAGUCGGGUGUAUGUGCAAGCGGCAGGCAGAAAAACGUUUGGGCUUGGCAACGGUCGCGCGCAUGCGCUUUGAGUAACGAAGCCGGCCGCUAUUGAGGCGGUGUGUGUGUUUGUGUGUGUGUGAAUCAUAAAGUUAGGGAGGGAAAGUGUAGAGUGACACAACGACAUGGACUUCCGGGGGAGGGAAUCGAAAACGGCCAUUGGCUAUAAUUCCUCUUUUGGGCGGAGUCUGCUGCAUUUUCCCUAUCAUUAGGGUUUGGAGAGGAACGACGGAGCCGCGCGUGCGCGUGACGUCACUCCAGAGGCGGCCAAUGAGCGCUUCGCGAGUUUCGGCGGCGCCCAAUCAGGGCGGACUGUUCGCUGAGCGUUUCAGAGGCGCCGAGUUCGGAAUCGGCGCGGGCGACGCCAGGAAGGCAAGCGAGGAGGGUCCUUCGCUUCUGAACCUCGCCGUUCGAUGUGAGGCGUGUCCCCGUCCAUGGGCGCAGCCAGGGUUUACUUGGGGGGGGCUAGGCCUAAAGUGUGGGGGGGGCCGGGGGGGGAACCAAGUUGUCUGCCAUGCAGUUGGUCAUUUAGUUAGGCAUUUUUGUUUAUUUACUUGUGCUUUUUUUGGGGAGGGGGGGAGUAGCUACGCUCAUGCCCCUGUCCGCCGGGCCUGCUCUGAUUGCUCGAGGCUCAGCUCAGUCAAGGGCGCCUUAGACCAUGUGCAGAGUGCCGGCGACGAACCUGGGGUUUUGGUGGGGCAGGAAGGGAAAGGCCGGGGGGGGGGCAAUAGCCGGGCGCCCAGUGCCCCUCGAGCAGCCCCUUUGACGCUUCCUUCCGAGUAUGGCGCCUAUCUUGCGCCAGGGAGGCAGCAAGAACUGACCGCUCCGAAUAUGGCAUUGAAUGGUCGGGGUGUGGGGGGACAGGGCACACGGAGAAAAAAAUAGUUUUAUUAUUUGUACCCCAUCUGACUUGGCUGCCCCAAAAACUUCCCUACACAGGGGUGCCUUUAUAUGUCUUUCUAAAAGUUGUAUAUUUAUCUUCUUGACAUCUGAUGGGAGGGCGUGCGUUCCUGCGGGAAAAUCUGCGGUUGCAAGAAAACAGAAAUAUAUUAAUGAGAGGAAACAAAAUCCCAGGUGAUGCAUUGCUUGGAAGCUUUUAUAUGCUUCUGGUGGUAAUCCAUCUGAUAAUAAUAAUGAUUUACAAGUGCACUUGGCUACAUUGGUGUUUGGUAGCCAAAUAUUGUAAAAACUGGUAGAAAGCCUUUGUUGGGUAGCAGAUAUGUGCUGAGACUUUUUAAUAAUAAUAAUAAUGGGUUGGCGCUGUGGGUUAAACCACAGAGCCUAGGGCUUGCCGAUCAGAAGGUUGGUGGUUCGAAUCCCUGCGAUGGGGUGAGCUCCUGUUGCUCGGUCCAUGCUCCUGCCAACCUAGCAGUUCGAAAGCACGUCAAAGUGCAAGUAGAUAAAUAGGUACCGCUCCGGCGGGAAGGUAAACGGCAUUUCCGUGCGCUGCUCUGGUUCGCCAGAAGCAGCUUAGUCAUGCUGGCCACAUGACCCAGAAGCUGUACGCCGGCUCCCUCGGCCAGUAAAGCGAGAUGAGCGCCGCAACCCCAGAGUCGGCCACGACUGGACCUAACGGUCAGGGGUCCCUUUACCUUUACCUUUUACUGGGAACAGUAGAAAUGGUAAGGCACACUGCUGCUUCCACCCUGUUUUGCCCAUAUUGGAAUGACCCGUCCAUAACUUGCUGCCACUUUUGGCAUUUAUUCAAAGGGACUUUGGGUGGGGGGGAUCAAGCAGGAGAUCACCCUUCCUCUGGAAAUUGCUGGGAGAUUGCAUGCCUUAGAAUCCCCCAAAUGCUGACCCUCUUCCCCCUGCCCUUUAGCUUGGCAUAUUAAUAGGUGCGAUGGCUGCCCUCAGUGAAGAGUUACAACAUCUAGACAGAAGGACCAAGCAGCUGCUUGAAAUGAUGACAAGAGCCAGUGGGGCAGAAAUUCUGAAGGAGACUCUAGUGAAAGAGGAGCAGAUGCUCAGCAAGCUCUGGGAUACUCAAAAGAGCACAGCCCAGCUGCUGAAAGGUAACUGAAUAGCAACAGUUGUGAUUGAGUAUGUUACUGGGUAUAAUACCAUGUAUCUCUUAAUUUUGUUACAGGUGGAGACCAUUUAAGAGGCUUUUUAGAGGGUGCUCCCUAUUUGUGUGAUUUUAUGCUUAUGCACAUCGAGGCCUGGAACACCAGUAUCUAAAUUGUAUAAAACAGAUAGGGUGUUAUUCAGCUAAGUUUUACUCUGCAGUACACCCUUUGAAAUUAAUGAACAUGACUAAGUUAGGCCCAUUAAUUUCAGUGGGUCUACCCUUAGCAAAACUUAGCUGAAUACCAGCCCUCAUGUACUGAAACCCUGUGUGGACCAGGGUCCCUGCACUUGCUUGGGGUUGGAUGAACAUUACAGCACCAGGUGUUCCUAGUCCACUACAGUACUAAAGUUUGAUCAUUGCCUGCAUAGGAACUCCAUGGUUGGAUUAUAUAUCUUUUGGGUGACUUGCCAUGCUCUGAAGUUCGGCAGGUGGUGAUCUAAUCUCAUACUGCAUUUCUUAAUUAGUCCAAAUAAAACGUUCCCCAUGUUGAUCCUUUGUUUAUUUUUUCGCAACCUCUGAAUUAGUUUAGCAAGUGGGUUAGUGCAUUGUAGUUCUCUGUGAAUUCUUUAUUUUCCUGUUGUAAUCCAAAGUCCUCAGCAACUCACUUUCGGUUUCCCUUUUUUAUAUUAUUCCAUUGCCAGAAUCGUAGUAAAAAUUUCACACAGUCAACUUUGUGAUUAAACCAUAACAAUGGCAAUAACAAAAUAUUCUUUCAAUCCCGCUUGCAUUUCAAACAUCAGUCUUUCGGGAGAGAUUUGCUGAAUAAAACAGCAAAUAUAAAAUAUAUCAAAAGAGGAUAAUGGAGGCUCACCUCCCCCAACACACCGAUCCGAUCACAAUGAAAGCCCUUCUUCAGGUCGAAACCUUGGCACUCAGUGGCUGAUUCAAUUAGCAGAAUACUUUAUCCCUCCUAGUUCAGAGCCUGCCUGUUAAUUAAGUCCAAAUUUCAUCUUAAGAACAGGUGCCCUCCGCUCAUGGCAACAGCUUUGGAGAGUUGCCAAAACACGUGGUGCAUUGCACCCAGCGCCCCCUGCCCCCCCCCCCCCCCGCAUUCCUUCAAGACAGGCGGCAGGAAUUGGAUGAUCAGCAGGUGGAGCAGCCCCCCCUGGCCCUGGGGAUUUUUUGGAGGAGAAUUACUCCCCUAUUAUCCUCAAUUAGCUGCACGGAAAGGCUCAGCUGGAAUGGGCACAGCCGUUCACCCUAGCGGACAGACAGGCAUUGAAUAUUUGGCUUUUUUGAUUGUAUUAUAAUUUGGAAUGUUUUAAUGUGGUUUUUAUUGGAUUGUUAAAAUGGAAAAUUUAAUAAAUAUUUUUUAAAAAAGGAACUCCAUGGUUGGAGAUAGCUGAAUUUUGUUGAUUCACAAGUGCAUCAUGGGAAAUGGGGAGAGGAAGGAAGAGAGAAGGGCUGUUUGGAGUUUGGUGAAAGUGUGGAGCUAUGUUCAAAACCUGAACUAUUCUGAAUCUAUUUGCUGGAUGGGUAGCUUCCUACCAGCUCUCUUUGGCACUUUGGUUGCAGAGAUGUACUUGUGAGGGGCCGUAGUGUGCGUGGAGUUCUCAUCUAGACACUGAUCAGGUUAACACUAAUCUCAGCCUUUCUCUCUCUCACUCUUGGGUGCUUUUACUCUGAAUGAAAUUGGGGUUUAUUAUAAGGGAUACCUAAUGUUGGUUUGUCAUACUAUCCAGUCAUUUCAAGUAGUUGUCACCAGCCACAUCUUCCCUUUAAUUCUGUCUGUGUGCAAAUCCUGCAGCUGAGAAAUCAAUUGGGUACCUGAUUUACUUUAUUAGGGGCCAAGUCCUCCUACACUUCUGGAAAAAAAAUGGCUUGUUUUGCCUUAAGAGUGGUAAUUUUAAGGAGAAAAGUUUGAGGGGAUGAUAAGUAACAUUCAGGGGAGCAAACAUUUAUCUGACAGAAUGCCUUGUUUUAGUAAUUAUUUUAGCUGUAUAAUGUAUUUUGUCCUAUGUAUCUUGCUUUUUGUAAUGGCUUAGGCUACACAAAUAAUAUUCAUAGCAAAAUUAAUAUCUGCAGAAUUUAGAAAGUUUUUCUCCUCUGUACUCCUCCACCUCUCCCCUCUAAAAGAAAUGAAAUUUUUUUAAAGACACCUAUACUAAAGGAGGACGACAGCAAAUGUAUGAAAAAGGAAGUAUCAAAAGAGGAGAUGAAGGAAUUAAAAACUUGAAGGUGGGAAAAUCUCUGGCCCUGAUGGAUUCUCUGCACCCUUUUGCAAAGUAUCUAAGGAACAAACAGUUUCACAGAUGGCCACAAUAUUUUAGCUGGUAACUCACUUCCCACAACUUGGAAACAUUCAAGAAUAGUAGUUAUUCCCAAACCUCACCAACUGAUCUUUUUGUUAAAUCAUAGAAUCGUAGAGUUGGAAAGGAUCUGGGGGGGUCUUCUUAAAAAAAAUCCACAUGUUCAUGGAUUCUCAGUGGGGCUGUGUUUGAUUCCAGUGGGGCUUUGCAGAAUCAAUGCAAGUCUCUCAACUGUAAACCCAAAGUGAAGGAGUAUUGGAUUUGAAGGAGAGGUGCUUGUCAUUAGUAGUAAUAAUGUUUGUUUGCUGAUAAAUAUUUAUAGGCUGCAUUUUGUUAAAAUUCCCAAAGAUAGCAAAUAUAUGUCUGUCUGUCUGUCUGUCUGUCUCACACGCAAUUUAAUACAAAAUCAAGUAUCUGCAAAAGUAGUACAUUCCUGACAGUAGAAAUGUUAAAAGUAGCUGUCAUAAAAGAACAGAUGAUCCCAAAUGUUUUCUGGAAGAGGAUUGAUUUGUACUGCUACCUAAAUACCAUCAGGAGAACUGAAGUGUGCGCUUUUAUAAUGUUGGUACCCUAUCCUUUCCUUAUGACAGAUCUCAUGACUGCAGAGGAGAAAGUGGCCCAGAAACUUUGCGACAGGGAACAGCAGCUGAAUGCAAACCUCCAAAAGCUGCAGAAAAUUGAAGACGAAUUGCUCCAGGCAAAUGAGAAGGCUGCUGAAUUGAGGACCAACACCAAAUAUCCUUUCCCAUUUGCAUUUGGUGCCAAAUCCAAACAUCCCCUGGUGGGAGGUCAAUCCCUCAAACAUUUCUCCCCUAUUAGAGCAUACUACAGAUCCGCCAAGGUUUGGUAACUUUUCUAAGUGAAGGUGUAUAUCCCACCCUGGGUCAGCAAGGCAGGGUAUGUCUACUCAUGUUUAGCCAUCUGAGUGGAUUUAGCUUGAUUUGUCUGGACUGGUAUUCAGCUGUAUUUUCAGUUGUAUGUCCUUGCUAAUUUCUGUGUCUCUCCCAGAAUUGUUGAUUUCACCAAGCAGGGGUAACAGCUGUUGUUUUGACGAGGGCAGGACUUCACUUUACCUUUCCCCCAACCUUUCUUAUGGGAAAGGAAACUCGUAGAGUACCUACUUUGAAUAUAGAAAGUCUCAAUCCCUGGUAGCCUCACGAAAAGGACCUUCGAUACUGGGGCUUAGGAAGACCUGCCCAUGAGAUCUCAGGGAGACGCUGCUUCUCACUUUGACACCAUUGGGCUUGAUGAAGCAACUCUUAUUUACUCAGGAGUCUCGCUUUUUGAAAUCAGAUUUCUUAAAGUCAAGGGCAUCUUAACUACCCUCAGCUUUUCCUUUCCUCUUGUAGAUGCUUAUAUAUUUUGGGAUGAACAAAAGCAAGUCAAGAGACACUUUGCUGAAGGCACCUCAGCCUUGGAUUGGGAAACCCGAGGUCUUCCACAUGUUAUUGAACUCUUGACUCCCAUCAUCCCCAGCCAGCACAACCAAUGGUUAGGGAUGAUGGGUGUUGUAGUUCAACAACAUCUGAAGAACCGUAGGUUCCCAAUCCCCGGUACAGUCAUACCUCGGGUUACAGACGCUUCAAGUUGCAUUUUUUCAGGUUACGGACCGCCGAAACCCAGAAGUACUGGAACGGGUUACUUCCAGGUUUCGGCAGUCGUGCAUGCGCAGAAGCACUAAAUCGCAAUUUGCGCAUGCGCAGCAGCGCCGAAUCACAAUGUGUGCAGACGCGCCGCUGCGGGUUGCGAAUGUGCAUCCUGCAAGGAUCACGUUCGCAACCCGAGCGUCCAUUGUAUUCCUAAUUUUUCCCUCUUGCAAGUUGAGACAGAGGGAGAGAGGCUUAUCCAGCUCAGCUGUCCACCAUGUGAAGACCCUUUUGCUUCAUUGUAUUGUGUUAUAUUUCUAGUCUGCUCUUUUGUACAGGCAGUCAAGUAGAUCAGACAGUUUCAUGGCACCUCGUUGCCCUUCUUCAGAGGACAAAUAACUAUUUCAGAGUAAUUUGCCCUUGCUGAAAUCAAUAGCCCCUGUUGGGUUUGGGGAAUGCAUCCUAGUUAUUAUUCCUUAACUCACAUCAUACCGAUUUAAGAAAAGAACUGGAGGCUUUGAAAGAAGAAAUCAGGCAGAAAGAGAAGAAUGCAGAUAAUGAUGCCAUUGUGUCCAAAUCGGCUAUGUAAGUAGAGACCUCCCUCUGCUCCUUUUAUUUAAGCCUAGUCUUGUGAAUUGGUUAGGGAAAAGGUAGAUUAUUGUAUCACUUACCCUUUAUUAAAUGUUUCUUAAAAGCUGCCCAAGCCAGUGACAAGGACCUCUGCUUCUUUUCCCACUGAGUUAGAGGCAGAAUCCUGCCUGCUGCAGUUUCAAGAACAUUUUUAAGUACAAGAAGAUUCCUGCUUGUAUCCUGAGGGGAUGGAGUGAUUGUGAGUGGUCUGUACAGAAGUGUUGGCCUAGCAUCGUAUCCCAGGUCCAGCUAUAGAUAGUGGCUCAAUUCAGACAUUUUGAUCUCCAGUCUAAUGCAGCCAUGGUUUAUUGGACUGGGAAUGAGGCAUAAGCCUGUGUGUAUUCUCUUUGUCCCUUUGUGGCUUCUUCCUUGUCCCGUGACACUGAACUGGUUUAAGGGUUCUAUGUAAACCGGAACCCAGUUUUGUUACAUCUUCCUGAGGAUUUUGGGUGAUGAGCUCAGAUAAAACUAUCCACUUUUUAAUGGCCAGUGGGUGCAAUUGGGAUAUCCCCCCGCCCUUAGUAGCUAAGGGACUGAGCCAUGAAUCAAGAAAUCCCCACAAUGUACUUACAGUGGUACCUUGGGUUAAGUACUUAAUUCGUUCUGGAGGUCCGUUCUUAACUGAAACUUUUCUUAACCUGAAGCACCACUUUAGCUAAUGGGGCCUCCCACUGCCAAGAGCACAAUUUUGUUCUCAUCCUGAAGCAAAGUUCUUAACCCAAGGUACUAUUUCUGGGUUAGCGGAGUCUGUAACCUGAAGCGUAUAUAACCCGAGGUACCACUGUAUUUACUUUGCCAAACCUUUAUUAGUCAUUACAGCCCACACUGUAUCUUGGCCUCUGCCCCCUCCACUACUGGCAACUGAAGAGUAGUGACUUACCUUACAGUGCUCUAAGGAUGACAACCAGCUUAGGCUUAUGAAGUGCUUUGAACACUUCAAAGCACUACUCUAAGUAGUACUGUACAUAAGUAGUAUCGAGAGCACACAGAUACGAUUUUUAUGUUCAAGGGGCUGUAGUAUAUAUAAUGGACCUCAGCCACAGUGCCAGAGUAGGCAAUGAUCUGAUCUGGGAAGCUUCAUAUGUUCAAUUCUAUCUUACAGGUACAUUGUGCACCUUUAUUACCAGAUCUGCCGUAUUGACUGGGACUACUCCUGUGAGCUAACAAUAGUCAAAGGAAGUAUCCUUCCGCUGCAGGCAAAUAGGGGUUCCUUGCAGGGAGGGGAGACAUAAUGGUUUUUUCCUUAACCCUUUUUGCCUUCAGUUCAUUACGGGCCAGACAUUGCUCAGCCUAUCAAUCUUGACAGCAGCCAACACUCCCGCAGCUUCAUCUGCGACUACCUGUGGAACCUUGUGAGCACAGCCUGGUGA